AUGUUGCUUCGGGUUCCCUCGGGGUUAGGUUAGGUCAGCGCUCGUAUUCCAGAUAUCCUCGAAACGAGCAGCCUGUCUCGUAGCGAUGGGAAGCGUCCUGAUGGAAUGACGCCACUUGCGUUGACACUUUAGCGCCCUCCCAUCUUCCUUCUACCGGCGUCAAGGUGGGUUCGGCUGCUGCUUCUGCAGAGGAUCUUAAGCGGCGCAAUUAUGAAAAUCUCAAUGAGUCUUACAUAUUUGAGCCGUUUGGAGUUAAAACCCUGGGCCCGUGGGGACCAAGCGCCCACAAACUGUUUCGUAAGAUGUCUCAGCGAGAGUUAAGACAUCUUUUCUUACGAUCCAUAGGCUGGCCUAUACCUUGGGCAACGCAUUAGGCUGGCCAACCAGAGCGUGGCAAUGUGGCCAGCCUUCUGGGCACCUUCCCCCAAGGAAGCGAUUGAAAUGUCUUUUUUUAUUUAUAAAGCUGGUACGUAAUAUUUUAAUUUUUACUUUUGUUUUUUUUUAUUUUAGGUUUAGUUUAGUUAAGUAGUUUAAAGUAUUUAGUUGGAUUAUACAUAUGUAUAGGUUCUUAUUUAUUGAAUAAAUACACAGUGCUGGUAGGUACAUUUCUAAAAUUUUAAAUAAGAAUAAAUUCAAAUUGUUUAAUGCUGUCGCAUUAUUUAUUUAUUAUUUAUUCAUUUACAUUAACAUAUUCUGCACAUACAUAUACAUGCAUUCAUACAUUGACCCUGCAAGGGUGUAGCAAAGUCACAAUCAUUUAAUACUUAGUUAACAUUAACAAUUACAAAUGCUUAAUUACAAAUGCAAAUAGUACUCGUAUAGUGGUGUUUAGAGAUACAGGUAUACCUAACCUACCUUCAUGAAUAAUGAAUACCUACUCGUAGCUAUUGUUAUGCAUUGGUUGGGAAAUCGUGAAUAUUAUGGGAGAGUCUGGUAAUUUGGACUACUUUUUUCAAUCCCAUUAAAAUUCAGUUUCAUUAUGAUACAAGAAAUAGAAGUGCGUGUAAUUAUUCAGAUUCUAAGAUUCCAUUACAUAGUUGGUUACAUACACGACGACUAAAGGCGCGUUAAAAAAACCUAAAAUCUGUCGAAUAAAUAGAGUUCCUUUGUGAGUUUCAUACUUACUCGGUAAACACGGAACCUUUUUGUCGUUGGAACGUCUUCAAAUGUAUAGUAAUCCAGUGACGACACAAGUUGCUUGCUUUCAGAUUACAAACUAACUUAAGAGUAGUUUGCACAAUUGCUACUCGUAGAGCAUAAAGCUAAUUAAUAAUACGUGCCCCUAGUUUGUUCACCAAACAUGAUUAGUGUAGCGAACGGUCAAUGUUAGUAGUGGGCAAACAAAGCCACCAGUGGCCACGCUCGCGCCCGCUCAGUCUAACGAGGGGACUCGCAAAAAUGCGUCAGCUGUAUUGCCGCCCAAAAUUGAGAGUUUCCUCUUUCAGUGUUUUACAAAAUGUUUAACGAAACAAGCUUCUUUUACGACAUCGAAAUAAACGAAUGGGUUGAGCUACUCGCCAGGGAUGUGAAGGAGCGGCCGGAGUGGGUGCGCCUCACGUUUGUGGCGCUGAUGCUGGCGGUGUUCGCGGCCGGGCUGGUCGGCAACCUGCUCACGUGCGCCGUCAUCUACUGCGACAAGACCAUGCACACCGCCACCAACUAUUACCUCUUCAACUUGGCGAUAUCCGACCUUAUACUCGCCUUCGCUAUAUUGUUAGAGCUGAGAUCAUAUACCACGGUGGCAGCAGAUCACAGUUUUGAGUAUGAAUAUAUCGAAAACUUGAUAUGUAUAAUACAAAUGGUUAUAACAGUAGCUCUGAUGAAUAAUGGCAUACUGAACCUAACUGUGCUGGCCAUUGAGCGGUACAUAGCGAUCUGGCAUCCUUUGUUAUUGAACAGAAGACCUAUUUGGCGUAGGGUGACGAAGGUCAUCGCAUGCAUUUGGAUCGUUGCCAUUUUGGAGGCUCUACCUGAAAUUUGGACACUAGCUUUCAUUAAAACUAAUACGUUGGCCGUAUGUUUUACGGUGCCGACAACGUUUGCUAGGAUCUUGAACGGGGUCCUCGCUUUGGUGACGUUCGUGAUUCCCCUGGGCAUCAUGGUGUUCGUGUACUCGAUGAUCGCGUUCAAAGUGAAUGUCACGCCGAGGAAAAAUUCAAGGGACAAAAUAUUCAACCAACGGGAUAACAAGAGCAGAGUUCAUAAGCUCGUUGCAGCGGUGACCGUGUCGUUUCUGGUGUGCUGGGUGCCCUUCUUCGCUCUGAGGCUCGUCAUCUUUGCGUACAACAUGCAUCACCCUUCAUGGUUUUCUCAGAAUUGGGACUUAUUUAUGAUGGUAAUUUCAUUCAACAGCUGGUUUAGCAUAGUUCUCAACCCUAUACUUUGCAGCUUAAUGUCAACUAAGUUUAGAAAAGCUCUUAAGGUAAUAUGGGCGACAAAAAUAAGAAAGACCCGCGAAGUGACCCUGCGCACGCGCGCGACUGUGUGAACGGAAUGCAAAUAAUAAUAAAUAAUAUAAAUAAAACUUUUAUUGCCAGUAAAACCAAAUACAUAAAGUCCUUAUAUCUAGC